GGCAUGUGACCAGGCCGACGAGGAAGUAAAACACAUUUCUGUGCAGCAACAUGGAGAGAGGCUGGAUCUGAACAGUGUAGAUAAGAUGAACGGGGAAAGGCGCAUUCGCGUUUCUUUCCCUUUUCCACAGAACUCGCGUCUUUCUUUACACAGUGGCAAAGUUGUUCUCUUAAUAAAAGCCUCUCCCUGCUUGUAAAUUGCAGAUAAAGUGGUUUUUCGCAGAAGCAUGCUUUGCAAAAACUACCCGAGUGAAGCGUUUGUCAGCAGACUCGUUCGUCUCUGUUUCCACUUGAAUAAACGACUCGUAACGAUGUCGAUGCCAAAGCUGUCGGGAGAAAGCUCAGAGCCACCGGCGAACAGCGGCGCGUCACAGAUCGACGAAGGCACGAGAGCAGCUGACGUCAGCGACGCGGGGGGCGAAAACGACCCCUCCUCCGCGGGAAAGUUCACAGAGGGCGAGAUGGCCAUCCACAGAAUCCAUAGACAAGCGUGUGCGCAAUCUGUCUCUGUAUACGUUCUUAGGCUCUAUUUUUCUUGCAGGCGUCUUUGUGUUUGGGCAAAGAAGCAGAUGUACGUUGACCCUUCAAGCGGGUAUAAGGUGUUCACAGAGUAUGCCCACCUUCAGAGAGGGAAGUGCUGCGGCAGCGCGUGCAGACACUGUCCAUAUGGCCAAGUCAACGUGAAGGACCCCGCCACGAAGAAGCGGUUCAAUUCCCUGUUUUACGUAUAGACCUAACAGACUCGUGCCAAGGUAACGCGUUAGAAGCCUGUUUGGAAUGGAACCCACCACACGUUGCUUGUCUUCUGCCUGUCGUUAUUUGGACUACUUGAGUCAUUUUUUUUCUUUUAGCCGUGUAAUAAAUGAUGAAAUAUG